GUAUGCUGGUUGUGAAGCUGCUGUGGUUCUGUCUGUAGAUGGGGCCCUCUGCAAAACCUUCUCGCACCUCUGUGUGCGCGUGUAAAUGCGUGCGUGCGUCCUUCCUGAGCUCGAGGAGGCCACUCUGGGACCAACAGCUCCGGAGGAGCCGCGCGGCUCUCGACGUCUCUGCCGGACUGAGCAGGGGAUGAACGCGGCUGUGUUUUCCUCUCUGAACCCGCAUCUGUCCCGUACCUUCAUGUCGGACUUCUCUGUGACCUGGAAUCAGAGCUUUCUGUGCGGACCCGGCUACUGACUUAGAAAAGAAGAAAAGGUGAACAUCCAACAGAGGAAGCUCGGCUUUUUAAACUGGAUGAAAGUAUCUUGAGUCAGAUUUUUGAUAUUUUGCUGCACAGGCUGUGAGUGGAUUCUGGCGCUAUGACCACCUCCAUGAAGAGUCUGCUCUGGGUGCUUUUCCUUGCUCUAAAUCUGAGAUGCGACGCUGAUCCCGGUCUGUUAGUGGAUGCAGAUGGUUUGGCUGAAGCUCAGAGUGGAGCCGCACCCACAGCUGAAGGUUAUUUCCUGGAAUUCCAGGAGCCAGUCAACAACAUCACCUACUUCCAGGGCGAGACAGCCACGCUGCACUGCAAAGUGAUUGGAAACCCUCGACCAAUCAUCCGCUGGCUGAAGAACGAUGCCCCUGUCGUCCAGGAGCAGGGACGUAUAAUGAUCCGCAAAACAGAAUCAGGAUCUAAGCUCCGCAUCCAGGACCUGGACACUACAGACACUGGCUAUUAUCAGUGUGUCGCCUCCAACUCGCUCAAGGUCAUCUCUGCCACAGGCGUACUUUACGUUAAGCUAGGACAGGUGCCCACGCAUGGCCCAGAUGAAGCGUCACGUGAUAAAGGUUUUUGCCAGCCAUACAGAGGCAUCGCCUGCGCUCGCUUCAUCGGAAACCAGAGCAUCUAUGUUGAAUCUCUGCAGAUGCAGGGUGAGAGUGAAAACCGCAUCACAGCUGCCUUCACAAUGAUUGGAACCUCCACCCACCUGUCGGAUCAGUGCUCCAGGUUUGCCAUCCCAUCCUUCUGCUACUUCGUCUUCCCUCUGUGUGAUGAGAGCUCCCGGGGUCCUCGGCGGCGUCAGCUAUGCCGAGAUGAGUGUGAGGCCCUGGAGAACGACCUGUGCCAUGCUGAGUACACCAUUGCCCGAUCCAAUCCCAUGAUCCUCAUGCAACUGGAGCUUCCUAGCUGCCACCUGCUGCCGCGGUCAGGCACGCCUGAUGCUGCUUCCUGUAUGAGGAUAGGAGUGCCACCAGAGAAACUGGGUCCAUAUUCCCCCUCAGACCACAGCUGCUACAAUGGAAGUGGGGCUGACUACAGAGGCACAGUCAGCAUCACUAAAUCUGGUCACCACUGCCAGCCAUGGAGUGCUCAGUACCCUCAUAGUCACCACGUGUCCCAGGAGUACCCCGAGCUCUGGGGGAGCCACAACUUCUGUCGGAACCCAGGAGGCCAGAUGCAGGCACCCUGGUGCUUCACCCUGGACCCUCAGGUCAGGGUUGACCUGUGUGACAUCCAGCCCUGCAAGCCUCCAGAGAACCCCAGGAAGGAGAUUCUAUUCAUUCUAAUCCCUGCAAUUGCCAUCCCAUUGGUCAUCGCUUGCCUCUUCUUUCUGGUUUGCAUGUGCCGCAAUAAGCAAAGGGAAUCUACUGACACACCACCUCGCUGCCAGCUCAACUGCUCACCCAGCCAGGAUGUGGAGCUGUCUCACCUCAAUCAGCAAAAACACCAGGCCAAGCUGCGGGAGAUCAACAUGUCAGCAGUACGAUUUAUGGAGGAGCUUGGUGAGGAUCGGUUUGGCAAGGUUUACAAAGGCCACCUGUAUGGCACAGCACCUGGUGAGCAGACCCAGGUUGUGGCCAUCAAGACAUUAAAGGACAAGGUUGAUCCCACACUCAGUGAUGAAUUUCGCCAUGAAGCAAUGCUCCGCUUUCACCUUCAACACCAAAAUAUUGUUUGUCUGCUGGGUGUGGUCACCAAGGAGCAGCCGAUGAGCAUGAUAUUCACCUACUCCAGCCUUGGUGACUUGCAUGAGUAUCUGGUGAUGCGUUCCCCCAACUCAGAUGUUGGCAGCUCAGAUGAUGACAAGACAGUCAAAUCCACACUGGAGCAGGCUGAUUUCCUUCAUGUCAUCACCCAGAUUGCUGCUGGAAUGGAGUACCUUUCCAGUCAGCAAGUAGUCCAUAAAGAUCUUGCUGCCCGAAACAUUCUUGUCUUUGACAAACUCAACAUCAAGAUCCUGGAUCUGGGCCUGUUCAGAGAUGUCUACUCGGCUGAUUACUACAAUCUCAUGGGCACAAGUCCUUUCCCCAUUCGUUGGAUGUCCCCAGAAGCUAUUAUGUAUGGCAAGUUCUCCACUGACUCAGACAUCUGGUCUUAUGGUGUGUUGCUGUGGGAGACCUUCAGUUAUGGUCUGCAGCCGUAUUGUGGCUACUCCAACCAGGAUGUGAUCGAGAUGGUGCGCAGCCACCAGCUACUGCCUUGUCCAGAUGACUGCCCAGCCUGGAUUUACACCCUUAUGCUGGAGUGUUGGAGUGAAUUCCAAGCAAGAAGGCCUCGCUUCAAGGACAUCCACACACGUCUGCGCUCCUGGGAGAGCCUGUCCAACUACAACAGCUCUGCUCAGACUUCAGGCACCAGCAACACAACCCAGACCAGCUCUCUCAGCACCAGCCCUGUUAGCAACAUCAGCAUGAGCACAGCAAAUGCAUCACGCUACACCAGCCCUAAAAAGAGCUCACCUUUCCAUCAGCCCCAGUUCAUGCCCAUGAAGGGUCAGAUGCAUCGACCAAUGGUGCCCCCACAGCUCUAUAUCCCUGUCAAUGGAUAUCACCCCAUGCCAGCUUACCCAUACCUGCAGAACUUUUACCCAAUGCAAAUAUCCAUGCCUAUGCCCCACCAGCAGAUUCACCACCCACCACAGAUGGUCACCAAAGCUGGUUCUCACCAUAGUGGCAGUGGUUCCACAUCUACAGGCUAUGUCACCACUGCCCCUUCCAACACUUCUGUGACAGAACGAGCAGCUUUGCUAAAUGAGGACUCCAAGGCCAAUGAUGAGGACUUGGCUGACGGGGAAUCCCAGGAAGAGCUAGAGCAUAAUGAGCACUUGUCAGUGCCUGAAACAGAAUUGCUAGGUGACAAUGACCAUCCACAGACUGACGAAUUGGCGAUCCACUCGUCAGACACAUAAGUGUGAUUCUGUUUGAAGGACAGUAGAGUUGAAAUAUUCUGUGAGCUGUGCUUGCUUGCCAUAAAUUUGAUGAGCAGCAUGAAGUGAAGGGAGCAAUUUUGCAGAACAGUGACUGAAUUUUUUUUACUAGUUUCUUAGAUAGUACUGACACAUAUGAAUGUCUAGUGUGUCUCACGUUUGUACCUCUUAAACUCCUGUCAAAGAUAAAGCAAAAUUAAUCAUGCAGUCCUCUAUAGACCUUGUUUUUAAAAUGUUGCCAUUCAUAAGAAUUUAUUUUCUUAAAGUUGCUGAGCAACACAAAACAUUUUUACAUUUUUACUUUAGAGGUUGCCUUGUCUUGAUAGACGUUUUGCCCUCUUGGAUGCACAUGGUGUACCAGACGCUUCUUUUCACUUGCUAGCAAGAACUUUUACUGGGAGGGCGUAAAGGUGGGGUUCACACCCCCUGCUAAACCACCGUCUCACUCUGGAUGACACACCCCUCCAUACAGUCACCCUGACCUACCAGUGGGAAUAGCUAGUUCACACCCUCUUCCCACCCAAUGCCAGUUGUGUUUAUUGGAAUGCACGACCAAGUCAGAGGUAUUACUACCAUAACCCAGAACUGAACCCAAGUUUCUGUAGUGGUGGACAAGUGUUUUGCUGGUGUGCAACUUGUGCAACACUUGAUGACAGUUUAAUGUUGUUUUUGAGGUUAUUAUUCUGUUGUUUGUGAAAGAUAGCCACAAUCAUAGAGCAAUAGAAUGUAUGAUGAAUAGACAUAUUUUAAGAGCUUCCAAAGAAACAGUCUAUGGGUUACUUUGUUAAUAAUUAUACUCAUGGAGAUAUAUUUUGGAACUUACCUCCAUCAAACAAAACUAAGAAUAAUAUGACAAUGAUGUCUUGUUUUUGUUUUGUUUUGUUUUUCAAGCCAGUGACAAAAUUUUAUGUGACUUAUUUCCCACUAGGUUGAUACCUUUAGCAUCAACUUUGAUAACCAAGUUGUACAGAUUUGUAAUUUAUGUACUUCGGUUUGAACAUUGUAUUUGUUUAUAUUUUUUCUUUAUUGGUGAACAUUGCUAAGCCUGGUGUUUAUAUGGUUUUUUAAUACAAUGUCCUUGCCACCAGAUAUUUGCUAUUUUAAGCAGUUGUAAUAUGCUUACCAUAUAUUGUGUACAUCCAUCUAUGGUGUAUCCAAGAAAGUCAAAUGAAUAAAACAAUGUAUUCCCCCUUAGUAAAAUAGGGAAACCAUGUACUAUCACUUUUUUAUUAUAUUUUGUCAUCAUCCUUAAAUGUUCAGGGAGUUAAAUACAUGGUUCACUGCACAGUCAAGUUACAUUAGGCCAAAAAGUAUACUUUGUAGUGAAGAAAAUCAUUAAUUGCUGAUACUAAUAAAAUAAUUUAAUUGAACACAUACUCCAACUUUCAAUUAGGGUUUAUUUACAAAUACUUUGGUGGGAUUAUAUUUCCCUGUAAACAUCAAAACAACA